UUUAGGUUUGGCAACACUGGUGCGAACUGCGAGUGAGAUAUAUAGAUAUAUUAGUGCAAGUGCUCAUCGAAUCAUGGCGACGUCGAAAAUCCCAUGCCUUGCAGUGCGAGGCUCAACUGGUAUAUCAAUCAACCAGGGCCCACCCAACUAUGAACUGGUACCUGGAUUCUCGAGGGUGGAGAGCAAAUCAUGCAAGGCCAUGUUGUUCAGUCCAGCAGGAAAGUACUUCGCCUGGGUCGGGACCUCAGGGAUCACGAUUGUGAACACUGCAACAUGGGGAGUUGUUGCAGAGAUUCCAAAACCCAAGACGCAGUUCUUUAAGUUUUCGCCCAAGGAAACUUAUUUAAUGUCAUGGGAACCUUUUGCAGUGUCAGCAGCAAACCCAGAGGGAUCUCCUAACUUAAGUAUAUGGCGGUCUGAAACUGGAGAACUGGUGAAGGUUUUCGUUCAUAAAAAGCAUACAGCAUGGGAUCCGCAGUGGAGUUCUGAUGAGCACUUGUGCGCAAGACUGAUUAACGGUGCUGAGCUGGCCGUUUAUGAAGACUCUAAUUUUGAUGAGAUCAAAGUGAAAUCAAAAUCUCUUAAAGUAGCUAAUUUUGCACUAUCUCCAGGGAAAGCACCUCAUCACUUUGUUUUUUAUUUACCAGCACCGGCAGGUCAACCUUCUGUUUGUCGUUUAUACCAAUAUCCCAAUUUUGAUUUAAGUGGAUCUUUGGCACAAAAAACGUUUUUCCAAGCUGAUAAAGUAGAUUUUUUCUGGAAUUCCACCGGUAAAGAAGUCCUGAUCCUCACUUCCACAGAAGUAGACAAAACUGGUGCUUCGUAUUAUGGGAAGCAGGGCCUGUUCCUAUUGAGCAUCAAAGGAGAUAGUGCGAUGGUGUUAACAAAUGCUACCGGACCAGUUUACAGUGUUGCCUGGAAUCCUCUCGGCCAUGAAUUUUGUGUCAUCUAUGGGUUAAUGCCUUCCAAGGCAACUAUGUUCAACACCAAGGCUGAACCUGUCUUCGAGUUUGGUGAAUCACCAAGGAAUGCGGUUCAUUUUAAUCCACUCGGAAAUAUAGUUUUAUUAGGAGGUUUUGGAAAUCUGCCGGGGAUGGUGGAAACUUGGGAUGUCAAGAGUCACAAACUGAUAGCAAAGUCUGAUGCACCAGAUACCACUUUACUGCAUUGGUCACCAGAUGGAGUUCACUAUAUGACAGCCACCACUGCACCUAGACUCCGAGUAAACAAUGGUUUUAGGAUAUGGCAUUAUAGCGGUGCUCUUCUGUAUGAACGUCCUUGGAAUAAACAAGAAGAAUUAUGGGAUGUCCAGUGGCAAUCUUUCCCAGUAGGAACAUUUAAAACAGCCCCUGUUAGUUAUAAAGCUGUUGAAGGCAUCAAAUCAAGUCAACCUACUGCCUCUAAACAAGUGUAUGUACCCCCAUCAGCCAGAAAUAGAGCUGCCGAUGGUGCUAAAAUUGGAUUCGGAGCAGUCAAAAGUGUAGAGCCUAGUGCAAGUGCAAUUAAAAAUAAAAAGAAGAAGGAAUCCAAGAAAAAUGCCAAACAACGCCAGUUAGAGCAACAAACUGUUGAAAUCAGCACGCCUUUAACACCUGCCAACAAAUCGAACAAGAAACCUGCGGCUGCCACCGCACUCUCAACUUCUAAUAGCCAUGCCAGCAAUGGGAAUCAUGAUGCUUACAUCACUGACUCUGAUGAUCCGGAAAAAGUCAAGAAAAUCAAGAAAGUCAAAAACAAAUUGGGCCAAAUCACGAAACUGAAAGAACUGCAAUCAGAGGGCCAGCUUAUGAACCCCAACCAAUUAGACAAAAUCAACAAAGAAAAUGAUCUCAUCAAAGAACUGGAAAAUUUAGUUGCAUCGUGAUGAACUAACCCAAUCAGGUUCGUUCCAAUCCGCCCGAGCCUGGUUGCCUGGUUGUCCCCAAGAACGGAUAACGAGAACGCCAGAUUUUACAAAUCAGCCAGACAGCCUUGCUCAUCCAGUCAAAAGUGCUCCUUGUUUAAGUGUGAAAUAGUGUCAAAAGUGUGUUCUGCAGAGAAAGCAAUUGUUUGUGUGUGGUUAUUGCGCAACCAGCGUUCCAUGUCCCCUGUAUUACCUCCCUGUAUGGCUAUGUGUGUGCGCCUGUGAUAAUGAUUACGAAUUCUGCGGAAAUUAAAAUUGCGAAUGUGUGUUUGUCACCAGAGAAACCUCAAGUGAUCCCUCACAUCAUAGCUUGCAGCAUUUGCUCAUUCUUAAAUGUAAAAGAAACUAUAGCCUCCUCCUCCCCCUUCCCCUGCAAAUUGGCUUUGUUGAACGUGGACCGAGAUUGAUUCUUAGUAUGUCCAUAGAUGUAAUUUUAAGUUGAUAUCCCAUUAGAACUUGAAUUAAUUUUCAUUCUAAUUGUAAUAAAUCCUUUUUUUUGUAUUUUUCAUGUACAUCUUUGCUGCCUAUACUCUCGCACAUAAUUUUCAAGAAGGCCGCAUAAUGCCAAAUUGGCAUCAUUGAAAAUGACAGUAAAAUAGCUUUGCAUACCUGCGAUGAAGUAGUCAGCAAAUUGAGAGUUUAGUCAUAGAAUAAAUAGACUACGUCAACAGAAGUGAAAGCCACCGCCAUUUUUAUGUCAUCGAAGCGAAACUGAGUCAAUAAGCACCGUUCACGUCUGCGGCAUGUUGACGUUCUGGAGAGGCCAAUUGAUAACAGAUACUGACGGUUUUAGGAAUUAGAGGAGAUUUUUUUACACUUGUUGACUGUUAUUCUGGAGAAGUAUUGUAGAGUUGCUUAAAAUUAUAUGUUUCUUUCCAACUGUAUAAUUUUAGGUCAACCUCAAAUCAGGUUUCAGUAAGUUCGAAGAUUGACCAAGCCCGAGAAGAAUAAUGUUAACGUAGGUUCUUACGGAGCUUUCGCUUCUGUUGGCGUAGUCUAUUUAUUCUAUGAUUUAAUAGCUGAGUUGUAUCAACGACUACUCUUGUCAAAACUUAACCUAAAACUGUGAUUUAUUUGCAUCUGUUCAAAACAGUGGGUGUCUAAAUACCUCCCUUUUCAGUAUGAUAUGUCAGCUGUCAUGCCAGUUUUAAUAGCUCACCAAAUUUUCUUUCUCUUUUUUUUUUAUUAUUGAGUACCAAGAAAAUGUAAUGGUUUUACUGCUUAAGCACAAACACAAGACUAAUAGCAGUAGCACAUUCUUGGAAUACAGAAUUAGCCCCCAUUAUUUCUAAGUAAUUUCAGUUGGUAGGACGAUUUUUCAUUAUAUAAUCUUUGUGGAGGCAUUAAGUCUAGCCUGGCAGUUGACAUGUUAGUAGGAUCCCAAGAAAAGGAAAUCGGAGACUAAAUGGUUACACUACCUGCAAAGAAGAAAUACGAAGACCUCAAUUUAUUUGAUCGCCAUUUAAUGGAUCGAUCUUCCAGUCCCUUCUAGGGCUUCAAGCUAACUCAAAUUAACAGAUUCCGUAAUGUAACAGAUUGAUUCGUCAGUCCUGUGAAAUCUGAUAAAUCUAUGUCUUGCUGUAGUUUGCUUCUUAUUUUAUGUUCGGUGUUGAGACGGAAGUUUGCUCGGGGGAUACUGUUGCAAAAUUUUUGGAAAAAAAAAAGAAUCACUGUUAAUGUGUACAGUUUGAAAGGCAUGUUUUCAAAUUUGAGUGAGUGCAUUUAUUUAAAUUUUGACUGUGUUAUUAAGGAAUAAAUAUUAAUUCGCAAGUGAACGAUUCAUUUUACCGCCACCAUAAUAUUCUUAUUUUUAACUGUAUGAUGAACAGUAUCGUGCAAACUAUCUGUUAUUCAGACUUUAUUUUUUUAUUUUUAUGAUUCAUGGUUUUUUAAUGGAAGAAAACUUAUCAAAUGCAUGAUCCUAUUUAAAAUAUGUGCUAAAUUCACUUAUGUAUAUCAGACUUACAGAGUCGAUGUUAGGGGUAUAUUUGCACCCAUGUCAGAGGUCUCUUCACGCCUGUUUGAUCAUGAGAGCCUAGUCUCUUCGCGCAUCUAAUUCUCUAUUCUGAUUUUGUCAAUUUUGUAAGGUGCCCUGUAAAAUCUUUUUCUUUUAGAAUCUUAAUUUGUGUACUUUUAUAUAUUUGUGUUUUUCUCAUGUUUUCUGGAGAAUCUUAAAGUUAAUAGCUGUUCAGACAGCUUAUUGUUAAUUUUUUGCUAUCUCUCUACUCCUGAACAUGAUGGUUGAAUUCAGUUGAAAUUUAAGUUUACUUUCUCCUGACACUGUUAAAAAUAGUUAUCGGUUUGAGAUUUUGAAAUAAAUGGAGACAUACUAAGAGUUUUUGUUGUGCAACAAACUGACUGAGAAGCGAAGGAAAAUUGGAAACAGUUGAACUUGAAAAAUGUAGAAUCAUGACUUCAGAAGUGCUGCUGCUAUAGCUGGAAAAUACCUCCAGUGAGAUGAACUUAUUCACUUUUCUUGACGUCAGACCGAGAUUAACAGUUCUUUACAAAUGGUGCUUUCUCUUCAUUUUUCAUGUAGCAGCAUAUGAGCCGUUGUUUGAUAUUCUCGAUGAGAGGAUUUUGACUCGGAACGCUUAUUUCGAACAGAUACUAGGUAUCAACAGUGGAACUACAAAAUUGCCUUGGUUUGUGGCAUCCCAGAUUUAUGGCUCAUUCCUUUCUCUUUAUCUCUUUCUUUGCUCGAAAUUCUGUGUGAUUUUUCUUUACCCUCACUAAAAUAUGCUCCGAAAA